AUGGUCUCUCCUUACGAACCCGAAUUUGAACAAGCUUACAAGGAAAUUAUUAACUCUGUUGAAGAUUCCAAGCUUUUUGAAGUCCAUCCUGAGCUAAAACGAGUCUUACCUAUCAUCUCUGUCCCCGAGCGUGUUUUACAAUUCCGCGUUACUUGGGAAGAUGACCAAGGCAAUUGUCGUGUCAACACUGGUUACCGUGUCCAGUUCAAUUCUGCAUUGGGUCCUUACAAGGGCGGUCUGCGUUUCCAUCCUACAGUGAAUUUGAGUAUUCUCAAGUUCUUGGGUUUUGAACAAAUCUUCAAAAAUGCCCUCACUGGACUUCCCAUAGGUGGUGGUAAGGGUGGUUCGGACUUUGACCCUAAAGGCAAGUCGGACUCUGAAAUUCGUCGUUUCUCCCAAGCCUUCAUGCGACAACUCUUCCGUUUCAUCGGUCCUCAAACUGAUGUGCCCGCUGGUGACAUUGGUGUCACUGGUUUCGUCGUCAAUGCUAUGUUUGGCGAGUACAAGCGUCUUCGUGACGAGUACAGCGGUGUUUUGACCGGUAAGCACAUGCUUACCGGUGGCAGCAACAUCCGUCCCGAAGCCACUGGUUAUGGUGUUGUCUACUAUGUGUGUCACAUGAUUCAACACGCUACUAAGGGCUCCAGGAGUAUCACUGGCAAGCGGGUUGCUAUCUCUGGUAGUGGCAAUGUUGCCCAAUAUGCCGCUCUCAAAUGCAUGGAGCUCGGUGCUGUUGUUAAAUCUUUAAGUGAUUCUAAGGGCUCCUUAAUUGCUACUUCUCCUGAGGGCCUUACUCCUGAUGUCAUUUACAAGAUUAUGGAACUUAAGGAAAAGCGUCUCGCUAUCUCUGAUUGUCCUGAGCUUACCAGCAAGUACAGUUACAUUGUUGGUGCUCGCCCUUGGACUCAUGUAGGCGAAGUUGACAUUGCUUUGCCUUGCGCUACCCAGAAUGAAGUUAGCGCCCAAGAAGCACAAGCCUUGAUUAAAGCCGGUUGUCGUUACGUCGCUGAAGGCUCUAACAUGGGUUCUUCUGCAGAAGCUGUCGAGGUCUUUGAGAACUCUCGUGCUAACGGCGAAGGUUGUUGGUUAGCCCCUGGUAAGGCUGCCAAUGCUGGUGGUGUUGCUGUCUCCGGUUUGGAAAUGGCUCAAAAUGCUCAAUUUAGUACUUGGGCUCGUACUGAAGUUGACGACCGCUUGGCUGGUAUCAUGAAUUCCAUCUUUACUCAAUCAACCGAUGCUGCUUCCAAAUACUGUGAAAGUGGAGUUAAUAAUAUCCCCAGUCUUGUCGACGGUGCCAAUCUAGCUGGUUUCGUCCGUGUAGCUCGUGCUAUGGAAGCUAUCGCUGACUGGUGGGUUCUUAUACAUAACUCAUAA